UUACAAAAAAACAGAACUUUGACCUAUGACGUGAGAGAUAAAAACAACAGAGAUGACCUCUCUCCCCGGCUAGCCUCACUCACUCACAUCACACUUCUGGCUGACAAAUCACCCAUUUAUGAUAUAAUCACGAUCAGAUUAAAUGGAUCAACCAAACAGGAUGACGACUAUGGAUACAACCUUUUCCCUGAUAGAAACACCGCAAAAUCCAAGAAGGCUUUCAUUACUCAAAGCCUGUUCACAUUCAAUCACAAGUGCCAGGUCAUGUUACAGUUUGCGAUGGAAACCAGUCCAUAUGCAAAGCUGCUUCUUAGUGCCAUGAAAAGUUCUGGAUGUACAGUAUAUAAAGACCGGCACUUUUCCUGUGAGGAUUGCGACGGCAGUGUCAGUGGUGGCUUUGACGCAAAUUCGUCUCAAAUCGUUCUGUGUCAGAACAACAUUCACCAGCAGGCCCAUAUGAACCGAGUGGUGACCCACGAGCUCAUCCACGCCUUCGACCACUGCCGAGCCCAUGUGGACUGGUUCAACAACUACCGGCACUUGGCCUGCUCCGAGAUCCGUGCAGCUAACCUCAGUGGAGACUGCUCCUUCAGCAGUGAGAUUAACAGGUUUAACUUCGGCUUGAAGAACCACCGCCAGGAGUGCGUCCGGGGCCGCGCCCUGCGCUCCAUCCUCGCCGUCCGGAAGAUCAGCCACGAGGAGGCGGGCAAGAUCGUGGACGAGGUGUUCGACAGCUGCUUCAACGACACCGCCCCGUUCGGCCGCAUCCCCCACACCAACAAGGACGCCAAGUUCGCCACCAGGCACUACGAGAGCCGAGACCGAUACCACGCUAACGUCUAACGCUAACGCUAACGCUAACGCCGCGGCGCGCUAAUUUUAACACAUUCUCCGAGGGUGCUUUGUACAAAAGAGACGCUAAGAGGGGAGAUCGGCGAGGCGGGAAGAGGCCCGGUGGAGGGGACCGUUGACGGAGGGGGCGGUUGGAAGAGGCAGUCUGAAGGGUAAAGAUGUGUUGGGGAGGAGGGGGGGGGGGG